ACUUCCCUUGUCACUGAUGCUAGUAUUGUAGUUUUCUAAUAGUUUGAAAAUACCAAUUAGAGAGUGAGUGUCAACCUUAAUUUCCCUGUGUUGUUUGUCAUCGUCCUUGAUUAUUUUAGGUUUAUAUUUUCUUGCGAUCAUCACCCUUAUUGUGUUAUCUAGCUUUCGCCGAGCAUAGUUGCCGUUGCCUAGUCCCUGAGGAGAACACGACAUCUGUAGUUUGGGCAUAAAAACCCUCCUAUAUUACAAACGAUCAUUUUGGCGCCGUUGCCGGGGACUAGCGUCGAGCGAUUAUGUUAGGCUAUAGACUAGGUUUACUUUAGUUCCUUGUUCAAUUCGUCGUGUAUUUCAUCUUCAGUGUUUCUCUUCUAUCUUCCCCCAUUGUUGCUUCGGCUUAUUAGGAUACUAACCUUCUGACUAGUGUUUACUGUUUAUGAAUGUGUGUAGGGAAUCAUAAAUCUUUGCAGGUUGUUCUAUAGUUACACUUGGUUAAGAUAUGGCAUUGCUUCGUGAUCUUUGGAUGCCAAGUAGUCAAUGCUAUAUCACAGGAUCGGUUUGGUCAACUAUUGAGGUAGAGAAUUUUGAGAUGAAGCCUGGUCUUAUUGCUUUGGUUCAACAACAACAGUUUGGAGGACUGCCUACUGAGGAUCCCUAUGAGCACUUACACCGAGUCAUGGAGUAUUCAGAUACAGUCAAGUACCAUGGAGUUCCUCAAGAUGCAAUCAUGUGCAGGUUGUUCACAUUCUCCCUCCGCGAUGAUGCUCGUGCUUGGUAUCGAUCCUUGCCAUCAAGGUCAUACAGUUGGAAUGAGAUAUCGCGAGCUUUCUUGGAUAAAUAUUUCCCACUACACAAGCAGUCCGCAAUUCGAGAUGAGAUCUUCAAUUUUGUUCAGCGUGAAGGCGGGAGCUUGUAUGAUGCUUGGGAGACAUACAAAGCCUUAUUCAGGAGAUGUCCUAAUCAUGGGCUCGAGAGAUGGUUAGAGAUGCAGAUAUUCUAUAGAGGAUUGACUUCGGACACUCGAGCUUAUGUCGAUAUGGCAGCGGGUGGAGCUAUUACAAACAAGACACUUGAUGAAGCUUUUCUGCUGAUUGAGAGCAUAGCUUUCCACCAACUUCAGUGGUACAAUAAGAAGCCCACGUCUGAUUCAUUGGUUUGCUUGCAACAAAUCACUACACCUCAACCACCAAUUCUUACACAAAAGCCCGAGCCUCUAUCUCAGUGUGACAAGGUUGAGCUUGCAUGCAUUAUAUUUGACGAUGAUGGCACCAUUCUAGUUGACACACACGCUACAGAUCAUCUGGAUACUAGUGUUGGAGAUUCAGUUUUGCAUUGUGAUGAUUCUUCCAUGAAUGAGCCAGAGCUGCAGUUCGUUGCUUUUGAUAUUGAGGAGUCACCUUUAGUUAAUAUUGAUCAUGUGCUGCUAGAGCCAGAUAUGGAGAAGUUCGCCUUUGAUGAUGUUAGCCGCAUUGAUUCUUCAACACUUGAGCCUGAGAUGGAGUGCUUCAUGGUUGAUUAUGGUGAGGUGGAUUCAGAUGUCAAGGAGUCAAGCUCUAUUUCACUUGUUGACAUGAAUCCGGUGGAAAUUUCUACUACCACACCUCACCUGGUAUCUUCAAUGGAGGUAGUCCUGAAGCUUCUUCCUAACUAUCUCAGGAUCCUGGUGGACUCAGAGCAUGGGGAUGAGGAGAAGCAAGGGGGCACACACGAGGAAGGGAGAAGCUGGAGCAGGCAUGAGGAUAGAGAAGCAAAAGGAGAGGAGCUGAAGUUGGUGAGGUGAUCGAGCGAGUGCUACAUCAUCAAAGCCCGGUGAGCUGUUUCAUGACCCAUUCCGAGUAUAUCAUCCAUUGAUACAUGCUGAAAUCAAAUGUUAUUUGGGUUGCUUAAGCCAUUUCUUAAAUGCCGUCCCACUGAUUUUUACCUUUGACAUAUGAUGCUUGAUGUGAAUAUGUGAACUGAAUCGUGAAUGCCUUGUAAACUAGUGAUCUACAUACUGCUUGUUUUGCUGAAACUAGUGAAAGUUAUUAGUUUUGAGUGCUCAAAUCCCUAGUACACUAGAAAACUUAAUCAUUUUCUGCUUUUACCUCGAUACACCUAGAUCACCACGUUUAGAUGCUGAAUUUGUGCCAAGUGUCUUCCCAUUGAGAGCAAUCACCUAACCACUAUGGAUUAGCAUGCUAUGUUCCCUGGAUCGGUAGCAUGUGAAUCAGACAUGGAGAAGUGAUGAUUCUUGUUUUUGUUCUUAUGCAUUGUUCAUUUAAGAUAAGUAAUAAUGAAUAAAUUAGUCUGGCUACCUACAGUAGCAUGUCAUGUUCCCGGGAUCGGUGGCAUGUGAAAUCGGGUUAGCUUGGGCAGUAAUUAACAAUAAUAGAAAUGUAAUUGUCGAACCAGGUGUAUACCAUGUUCUCGGGAUCGGUGGUAUGUUCCUUUGGGGAGACAAACUAAAAAACUAAUAAUUGGUCGAGCUAGGUGUAUACCAUGUUCUCGGGAUCGGUGGUAUGUUCCUUUGGUGAGAUUGAUAAAAUAUUAUCAUUACUUCCUUCAAAUUUAAUAAGUGGUUCAACCACAAUGUUAUAUUUUUGCAAAUAAGUGAUUUAAUUCAAGCUCCUUUUGUUCUCAGGAUCAUGCUCUUUUUAGGAACCUUUUGGCACAGUCAGCAUUUGAACUUGCUAAUCUUCGUUUAUCAUUGCAAAAGUUUAAAAUGGUCGAGUUUACUAGUGUCCUAUUGAUAUGUAGCACUCUUAACCAUUAAUUUUCACUAGCCAAGUCCAAAGCAUGCACUGUUUAGAGAUCUACUUCACUUGACAUUCUCUAGUCAGUUCACUGUUCAUGUUCUUGCUUUUGUCAUAUGCCUUUGCUUGAGGACAAGCAAAGAUUUAAGUGUGGGGGAACUUGAUAAGCACAUUUCAUAUAUAUAAUUUUGACACACAAAUUCACCAUUUCUUGAGAUGUGUCCAUCUAUUCUUGCUAAGAAUUAUCGAAUAUUCCAUGAAAAUCAUAUAAUGAAUCAUUUACUAGUCAUUGUGUUUCUUUUGCAGAAAAGUGCGCAAAGGCACUAUAAACUCUAAGAUCUGGAGUAGGUGGCUAAGAGAACCAGUCAAGUGAAAAGAAAGAAGAAGGACGGAGGGACUUGUGUGUGAUGAUAAGAAGUAACCAGAGGGGUUAGCCAAAGAAGAGAGGGACCAAUUUGAGAAGAAAGAAGAGAAGUAGGAGGGCAAAAUUGCAAAGUGGUAGAUUAGAUCAUGGGGGAUCAAAAUCCCUAGCGCAGCCACCAAUCCCCUUCGGAGCCUGGCAUCUCCAUCUCUCUCCCCCUCACCACUUCUUCUCCCACCUUCGGCCGCCAUCGCGGCCAGGCCAUCAUGGCGGCGCGCCUCCGGACUUCGCUGCUCCACCAGCACCUUCACCCACCAGCACCACAUCAUCCAGCCACCACUCCGUCUUCGCCGCCAUCACCUUGGGCGCUCCACUUCGUCGCCGCGCCUGGCGCGCCCGACCAGACGGGUGUCUAGUUCCCCGCGCCACCUGCUGCUGCUCUCUCCCUCUCCGCUGCUCCUCCCCUCGUCUCCACUUCCUCUGUUUCUCUUCUUCUCCUAACCCUGCUAUUGCUCUUCUUCUUCUCUCAACGUUCCUGCUGCUCCUUCUCCUUGCAUCCCCUUGCUGUAGUUGCCUCAACCUGCUGCUUCUUCUCCAACCCCACACUACUCCUAUUCCCUUUCCUUGAUGGUGUUCCUUUACUGAAGAAAACAACCUGCUGUUGUUCUUUACUUGUUGCUGACCCUAUUCUUCUCUGAACCCAAACUGCUGCUGCUUCUCUUCUCUUUUUACUUCUUGCAAAAUUCUGUAAACUGCUAGGUGAACUUGUGUACUGUUCUGAAUACUUAAUUUUCUGUAAGUUGAGGUGUGUGAAAUCUCUGUAAUUUUGACAAGUUUAUUGUUCAGUACUUUGUAAUAUUCAGCAUUGAGAUGUUUUAGUAGAUGCAAUAUUCAGAUUUGGGAAAAACUUGCAACCUGACAAUUGUUCAGUUUCGUACUUGUAAAAUAUAGUGCACUUUAUUAUGUGCUCUGACUAGUUAAUGUCUAGUUGUUUGGAUAAUAUUUAGUAUAUGUGAUAUGCUCUGUGA